UGGAAAUGUCCGUCUCCGACUGUCUUUUUUAUUUGUUGUCGGUGUGAAUCAGACAUUAGCUGGAGGAAGUAUUGAGGGGAGAUCGGAAUUAACAAAGUUUCUGCGCGACGCCAUGGUGUCAGUCCGGGUUUUGGUGACACACAGCAGGCCCGGGCUUGAUGCACGGGCAUUUCAUUGCCAGAUCUUCACCUGGCGCCGAGCAAUAGCGACUGUUUUGCACAUGGACAGCUAACACGGAUUGCACGGUUAUUUUAUACGCUUCUGUUUGAGCGAAAGGGCGACUGGUUGAAACAUGGACGGAGAUAGUUCGACCACGGACGCCUCCCAGUUGGGCAUCGCUGGAGAAUAUAUGCAGUCGAGCCACUUCGUGCUGCAGUCACAGGAUGAAGAUGGAGAGGAAGGGAUGAAUGAUCAUGAGGAUGGAAACGGCAGCAAGGAUAACCUGCGCGAACAGGACAUCUACCUGCCCAUCGCCAACGUGGCCCGCAUCAUGAAGAACGCCGUCCCCCCAAGCGGAAAGAUCGCUAAGGAUGCGAAGGAGUGUGUGCAGGAGUGCGUGAGUGAGUUCAUCAGCUUCAUCACCUCAGAGGCCAGCGAGCGCUGCCACCAAGAGAAGAGGAAGACCAUCAAUGGGGAGGAUAUCCUGUUCGCCAUGUCCACUCUGGGCUUCGACAUGUACGUGGAGCCCCUGAAGCUCUACCUGCAGAAGUUCAGAGAGGCAAUGAAGGGGGAGAAGGGGAUCACGGCUGUGCCCGUGUCAGAGAGCAUUGGAGAGGAGCUUGCAGACGACAGCUUUGCUAACCAACUGCCUGCAGGACUCAUAACAACCGAUGGGCAGACUCAGAACGUGAUGGUCUACACCACAUCAUACCAGCAGAUCCCGGGGGUGCAGCAGAUUCAGUUUUCGUGACGAGAUGUGACUCGUCCUCACGAACGCCGAGAUCCAUCCCAGGAGACGAGGCAGCAGCUGGGUCCUGGGCAGGCAAUUCAGGCAUCAGUGGGGGGUGGGGGGGGGCACUUUUAUACGGGUUGGUAGAAGCCUGUAAAUUUCAGUCCUUUCACAAAAUAGUAAGUGUGAGUUGCCUUCAAACUGGGACUAAAAGUCAGUCAGCCGGUCAGUAGUGGUUUUUUUUUUUUGAUAAUCGAGUACUUAGUUUGACUAUUUCCAUUGCUCUGUUUUCUACGUUGCAGGUUUGGAGUUUUAUCCAAGUUUAGGGUGUGGGGGUUGCAGGGGUGUGAUGAAGGAAGGGAGGGGUGGGAUUACAUGUCCCUGUUUAUGUUAAAAGGAAAAAAAAGGCAUUUCCUCUCUAGACGAAUAGCGAGGGGGUGAGUGCUCUUAAUUUGAUACAGAAUUUUUGUAAUUUGAGUGAAUAUACAGUGUGGUUUAAUAAAUUCUGAGACACCAAAA